GAGGAGCGACAGUCGUGGUGCCGCUCUCAGUCGUGUGGCAGCGCUAGUGUCCUGCUCCUGCCACUGUCAUGCCAGUUGUGUCUGUGAAUGUCCUUGCUGUAGUGUCCUGGACUGUGUAAUAUCCCUCCGCGAUAAGGAACGUCUAAGUGUGUGCCAUGCGAGGCUCCAGUGCGCGCCGACCCUCCGCUUCCAGUGACUGCGAUCGCGAGUCUGUGUGUUUGUGAGAACUGGCGAGCCUCAGGGUAUCCUCCAUGUACCAGCACCAACCCCAGAACAUGUAUGAUCACCAUACCCAAUACGGCACCCACGGUCAUAACCACGGCCACCAUGGGAGCCAUGACUACAACCAGCCCGAGGAACAAUACACCCCUCCCCUGCCUAGGCGCAACCAAAGGUUGGGCUCGACGCUGUCCUCCACGACGACGGCCGGUGGAGGUGUGCUAGUCUCAGCUCCAUCAGCACCUCCUGCCGUCAUGCCCGUGUUCCCUCUACGACCCAGUGGCUCGGCGCCCCAAUACUCACCUUACUCUCCCUCCCGCUUCCACAUAGACAAGCGAUGUCGCCACCGCUGCUCCUGGAAAUGCUGCAGUAUAGCACUUAUCCUCGUGUCUGUCGUCCUCACCGCUAUGCUCGCCUACUUCGGAGCAGUAAAUUCGAUGAGAUCGAAUUUGGAUCCGAGCAGUUGUAUUCUGGUGGAAGACGCCAAAGUGAUUGCUGCUGAUGACCAAAUGGCUAGAGACUCGACGGCAUCUGUUCAAACACCUACUGAAGAGUCACUAUCGACCAGCACUACGGGAGGAUGGGGGCCGAGCCCCAGCCUGGCUGCUUCCAGUGACCAGAGUCAACAGCAAUAUCCUCAGCUUGAUCUGGAGAUUGACACCUUCAGAGCCCCUCAGAGAACCACAAUCCCCCCCGCCCAGUUCUGGAACAUCCAGUUUAGGAACAAGCAACCAGCCUUCAUCAGAUUCAACAUGAGUCUACCGUGGGGUGCCAACUUUGCUGUCUACGGGAGACGCAACGUCGCCCCUAGUAUCACGCAGUAUGAUUUCUCGGAGUUUGUGAAAGGUGGUAGAGUCGACCACAGGAUAAAAAGAGAGACUGACCUUGAAGACACCGCAGACAAUGACAAGUGGAACAGCAGAUCUCUCUAUCCGGAGGCCCACUUAAUCACCAAGCGAUCAACCAACGGUCAUCUCUUGGUGAACGUCACACUGCUGCAGUAUUUAGACACCGGCCGGUGGUACGUCUCACUGUACAAUGACGACCUGCAGGUCCACGAAGUCAUCUUGACCAUUGAGGAGGCCGAGGGGAUUUCCACAGCUUGUCCCAACGACUGCUCCGGUCAUGGUUCCUGCUACUUGGGCAAGUGUGACUGCAUUGACGGAUUCGAAGGGAUAGACUGUUCCAAAAGUGUGUGUCCAGUUCUGUGCUCCAACCACGGCAAGUACGGUGGAGGGUUGUGCCACUGUGAGGAGGGAUGGAAAGGCGCGGAGUGUGACAUUCCCCUCCACGACUGUCAGGUUGCAGACUGCUCAGGACACGGUCGCUGCAUCAGGGGUUCCUGCGUCUGCCAGCCGGGUUGGAAAGGUCCUGCCUGCAACAUCGAGGACUGUGUGGACCCGUCGUGUUCGGGCCAUGGGUCCUGCGUCAUGGGACGGUGCUACUGCAAAGCUGGCUGGCAGGGAACUAACUGCUCUCAGGUGGACCAAAAGGUGUACCAGUGUCUUCCAGGGUGUUCAGAACAUGGAACAUAUGAUUUGGAGACUGGAGCUUGCAUCUGCGAGGAAUUCUGGACUGGUCCAGAUUGUUCUCAAGCUGUUUGCAGCCUAGACUGUGGCGUGCACGGCCGCUGUGACCAAGGCCAAUGUGUGUGUCUGCCUGGCUGGAGCGGAGAGCGAUGUGACUUGCUACCUUGCGACUCACGCUGUGCAGAACACGGACAAUGCAAGAACGGAACCUGCGUCUGCUCACAGGGCUGGAAUGGCCGACACUGCACUCUACCCGGGUGUGUAAACGCCUGUAACCGCCACGGCAGCUGUGUGCUUGUGGACGGAGAUUACCAGUGCCAAUGCAGUGAUGGCUGGGCAGGUGUGGACUGCAGUGUCAGGCUGGAGAUGGACUGUAAUGACGAGGUUGACAAUGACCAAGAUGGCAUGGUAGACUGUUCAGACAGUGAGUGCUGCUCUCACCCAGCAUGUAAUGAACACAUUAUGUGUCUGGCAUCCAACGAUCCCGUAGAAGUGCUUCUUCGGAAACAACCGCCGUCGGUCACCGCCUCGUUCUAUCAGAGAGUCAAGUUUUUGGUUGAGGAAAACUCUGUUCAAAGCUAUGUCCACCAGGACGAGUACACAGAAAGUCAAUUCUGGAACUCAUUUUCUCCUCGGAGAGUAUCCGUGAUGAGAGGUCAAGUUUUGUCUCCUCAAGGCCUCGGGAUAGUCGGGAUCAGAGUAUCCGUGGAUCGUGAUUCUCGAUUCGGAUUUACCCUUACUAGAGCUGGCGGAUGGUUCGAUGUUCUGGUCAAUGGAGGAGGUGCAGUGACACUUCAGUUCCAGCGGAGCCCCUUCCAGCCUCUCACACGCACCCUGUUUGUCCCCUGGAACCAGAUUGUGGUGCUUCCUCCCAUCACCAUGCAGUUAGGGGACGAUGCGGAUGGAUACAGAGGACCCCCGCACCCUGUGCUCUCCUUAGGCGCCCCAAGUUUGACGUCGGCACUGCACAUGGUUGAGCCUUGUUUGGACCAUGACAAUACUCUUCUGGUACCAGUAGUCCUCUCAACAUGGAUGCCUGAGAAAGUCGGCGGUAUGGCAGGAAAAAGUCUCAUCUUUGCUGAAACUCAGAUGCUGCAAGAAAGUAUCCGUAUCCCUGGAUCAGGGCUCCAUCUAAUGUACCGCAGCAGCCUUGCCUCCGGAUACCUCUCUAGAGUGGUCAUGAGGCUCACUCAUUCCCUCAUUCCUCGGUCCCUCGUCCGAGUGCAUGUUCGAGUGGAGAUCGAGGGAUCCGUGCACAGCAAGACCUACGAAGCAGAUCCCAACCUCACUCACACCUUCGCUUGGAACAAGCGCAAUGUUUAUAAACAGAAGGUUUAUGGAGUGGCCCAGGCAAAGAUAUCGGUUGGCUACGAACACGCAACUUGUCCAAACAUCAUCUGGGAGACACAAACAGCUAUGCUGCAAGGGUUUGAUGUUGACAUUUCUGAUGUUGGGGGUUGGAGUCUGGACAUUCACCAUCAUUAUAACUUCCAUGAAGGUAUUCUGCAGAAGGGAGAUGGUUCCACCUUACAUCUGAAGCAGUUCCCGCGCACAGUGCGUGUGGUGAUGGGCACUGGACUACAGAGGCCUCUUGUGUGUAAGGACUGCGAUGGGCCUGCCAAGGACGCGCGAUUGCUGACCCCGGUAGCUCUCACCUCAGGACCUGAUGGAUCGUUGUAUGUUGGAGACUUCAACCUGGUGCGUCGUCUCACUCCACAAGGAAGUGUGUACACCGUGCUACAACUCAGUGCCACCCAAGUUUCCUACCAGUACUACUUGAGCCUCUCCCCAGCGGACGGUCGUUUGUACAUCUCCGACCCUGAGAGGCAUCAGAUCCUGCGGGUGCUGAACCUGGACUCUGUCCCGGACCCCAGCAUCAACUGGGAGCCGGCUGUAGGGUCCGGGGAAAGAUGUAUCCCGGGAGAUGAGACCAGCUGUGGAGACGAAGGACCUGCAAUCUCAGCCAAACUGGCACAUCCUAAAGGCCUAGCUAUAGCAGCUGACAAGACCAUGUACUUUGCUGAUGGGACCAACAUUAGGUCUGUUGACCCUGAUGGUAUCAUUCACACUCUGAUUGGGCAUCACCGUCAUCUCAACGUGUGGCAACCAAUACCAUGUCUGGGAGCUAUCCCUGCUCAGCAGGCUCAACUGCAGUGGCCUACAGGAUUGUCGUUGAGUCCGUUAGAUGGCAGUCUUCACUUCAUCGAUGAUCGUCUAGUGCUGAAGCUUACAGCUGAUAUGAAGGUCAAGGUUGUAGCUGGCACCCCUCUCCACUGCCACUCGCACAAGGAUGACAAAAAAUCUGAUGGACAUGCUCCUAGAACUGAGAGUCAACAUAAAAAUCAGAACCAAGACGACGACAGUCCAUCCACGCUGGGACAAGUGUUAGCUUUAGCGUUCAGUCCCAACGGACAGCUGUUCAUCGCUGAUAGUGACUCUCGCAAGGUGAAUGCCAUCAGAGUAGUCGAUCCAGCUGGUAGAAUGGCUGACUUUGCUGGUAGAGGACACUUCUUUGACAAAAGGGAAUGUGACUGUGUGGCCAGCAACAGUUCCUCCACUGUCCCAUGUCAGUGUUGGACGGAGGCUAGCAUCACUUCACGUGAGACCCUCAUGUCUACCACUGCUAGGUUCACCUCCAUCUCUGCCAUCGCUGUCUCCCCUGACGGUGUCGUUAAUGUUGCCGACCAGGGUAACCUACACAUCCUUGCUCUGGAACACUACUUGGCCACUCAUGACGAGAAUGGAGAGUUUCGUAUUCCCUACACUCCGACCGGAGAGGAAUACAUCUUCAACAGAUACGGACAACAUAUCACCACCCGGGACAUUACCACGGGGAAGCCGAAAUACACAUUCCUCUACAGCAAAAACACCAGCUUCGGCAAACUAAGCACAGUUACGGACAGCGCUGGCAACAAGAUACUGUUCCUAAGAGACUACAGCAAUGUUGUGAGUGCCAUAGAGAACACUCAAGACCACAAGUGUGAGUUGAACAUCUCGGGUGUCGGGUUCUUGACCAAGUUCUCGGAGAAAGGUCGCUCAGAAGUUGUUCUGGACUAUGACUCCAAUACUGGACUCCUCACUAGCAGGGCUGACCUCAUGGCUGGGGGUGGUUCCACAUACCUGUACCAGUACGACCACCUUGGACGACUGUCAUACGUGGUGCUGCCUACUGGAGAGAGCAUCAACCUGGCCUCUCGUCUAACAGCUGACGACCAGUUGGAGGUACAGGUGUCCUCUCCUGUCCAGGCGUCAGUCAACAUGGAGUCCACAACACAUGUCACCACCUUCAAGAUGGAGGGCCACAGCAACAAGAAAAUGACCAUUAGAGAAGGUCUCGCCGGGUUGUCAGAAGCUCUGAGUCUGCGUAAUGGCUCAUUCGUUCUGCGUCACCACUCAGGCAGCUCAGUGCAGGUGUCUGCGGAGGCACGUCACCCACUGCUGGAGCUGUCACUGCCAGUAGAGGCCGAGAUGUUCAGACUGUGGAGCCGUCAGCUCGGCCAGCGUGGGCCAGUUGCCAACAGUAUGGCCUGGACAUACGCUCUGGUGGGCGACGCAGGCACUAGCCACCAGACUAUACACCGCCAACUAUGGGUGAACAACUCGAGAGUACUAGGUGUGAUGUAUGAGCAGAAGACAGGCAGAGAGACUAUCCUGGACAGUGAGAAGGAACCGCUGUUGGAGGUUAGGUUUGACGGCAACGGACUUCCUCUCUCCUGGCAACCUGGGCAGACAUCACUCCCCGUCAACAUCACUUAUGACAGAUUUAACAGAAUAGAGAGUUGGGCGUGGGGUGUACAGUCGGAACACUACAGUUAUGACAGACAUGGACUGCUGGCAGAAAUCAAGACCAAACAGGAUGGAAGCACUCUAUUCUCCUACAAUGACGGAAACAUGCUCAGUCACAUAACCCUGCCGAGUGGUCGCAAGUUCACACUGCUGUAUGAUGAGCUGGGAGGCCUACGUCACGUAAUGCUGCCGUCUGGAACACGUCACUCGUUUUCAGCACAGCCGUCCAUCGGUUUCAUACGUUACACAUACACUCCCCCAGGGUCCACCCGAGCAUACCUCCAGCACUUCACCCACGGGGGACAUCUCCUACAGACUGUCUAUCCAGGGGAUGGUGCUCGUGUACUGUACAGAUACCACAACUCUGACCAACUGGCUGAGGUUGUUCAUGGCGACGGAGUGACUCAGAUCAAGCAUGUUCCCAACACCAACCUGCCUAGUCAGAUUCUGCACACAGAGAAGGACUUUGAGUAUCGGUGGGACUACCAGUAUAGUGGCGGACUACUGCAGGAGGAGCGACUGGACUACAGUCCCAAGACUGGCCUGAGCAACGCCAAGUUCACCUACCAGUACGAUGACAACUUCCGAGUCAUCUCUGUUCAAGGAAGGAUCGGAGGACAGAGUCUACCUGAGCACGUGGUGCAAUACAAUGCUCGGACAGGGGCUAAACAGCAACUGGGUCAGUUCACGCUGAGUUGGCCCCAAGACAACGAGACUUCCCUGUCUGACGGGACAGCUGUGUUCAGCCGAGUCACCAACUCAUACUUUCAAGUAGCUUCAGUCUCCGUAACCAUCCACACGGUCGAAGUGUUCCGGAUGGAGUUUGCUUACGACUCUAGGAAUCGCGUCAGCCAAACCCGAACUUACACCCGGAACGUAGGUGUCAACAUGUAUACCAACAUCAAGAACUUGACAUACGACCCCGAUGGACAGUUGGCAGCAGUGGAGGCCCAGGAACCUUGGGGAUUCAAGUAUGACAACAAUGGAAACAUGCUACAUCUUACAUACAGGGCAAACACAAUCCCAAUGGAGUACAACGUGAUGGAUCGAAUAGUGAAGCUCGGUGACGGAAUGUACAGAUAUGACAACAGAGGUUUGGUGGUGCAGAACGCAAGAGAGGAGAAAUUCCACUACAAUGCCAAGGGAUUGUUGAUAAGAGCCACCAAGCGAGGGAGGUUUGAUGUACGAUACUACUAUGAUCACUUGGACAGACUCGCCACGAGGAAGGACAACUAUGGAAAUGUCACACAGUUCUUCUACACCAAUCACCAGAGGCCUAACGAGGUUUCCCAGAUCUACAGUCCCCGUGAUGGCAAGUUGAUGACGUUGGUGUAUGACGACAGAGGACACCUGAUCUUUGCCCAAGUUUACCGCCACAAGUACUACAUCGCCACAGACCAGUGUGGUACGCCAGUCAUGGUGUUUAACCAAUAUGGUGAAGGCAUUCGGGAGAUCAUGAGGUCCCCUUACGGCCACAUUGUGUACGACUCCAACCCGUACCUCUACCUUCCUGUGGACUUCUGCGGAGGUCUUUUGGAUCAGGUGACAUCUUUGGUUCACAUGUCCGGAGGGAAGGUUUACGACCCUCUCAUUGGUCAAUGGAUGUCUCCAAUGUGGGAGGACGUACUCAACAGAGUGACCAACCCGAGGCAGCUGCAUCUCUACCGCUUCAACGGCAACGACCCCAUCAACGUCGGUCAGGCGCAGAGACAUCUUGCUGAUGAAGAGAGCUGGUUGUCGCGGCUUGGCUAUGACUUGUCAAGUUUAGCUCCUCAGUUAUCCAAGCAGCAAGGCGUCCCUCAGACUGACAAGUUCAGAGUCACCUCAGGGUUCUACUCUCAACUGAGCCAGAAGAUGAUGACAGGAGGGCUCAGCUCCCUCAGUCACCCAGAGGCUAAGAUGAGACUAGAUCCUCUCAGUCCGGCACUAGCGUCCAGCCGAGCUCAGCCGACCAAGUCUGUCUAUGGCAUGACGUCGCAGCACAUACAGAACUGGCUGCUACAGCCAGGUUCUUCCUCAGAGCCUCCAUUUGGAAGAGGGAUCCUAGUCUCGCGUCAAGCCGGCAACCGGGCGGUCGUCCAUAGUGUUCCUACAGCAAACGCCAUCUACAGAGACGUCAUCACGUCUGUUUUCAACAACACGUUCCUGUUACCGUUCACUCUAGUUGCACACGGGGCGCUGCAAGAUGCGUUCCACUUUGUGAAGGAAGACGCGUGGCGAGCGUCUGAAGACAGAGCACAGCUCAAGCGCUUCGGAUCCCAGUUCAACACGACUUUCCACGAGAAAGACGGUGAAGCUGGAUCUGGGAAGGUUCUUGAUGUGAGAAUACACCGUCCGAACGCAGUGAUAAACCUGCGCUACGGAACCACACUGACGCGGGAACGCCAGAGGCUGCUGCACCAUUGCAAGACAGCAGCCCUGCGCAAGGCGUGGCAUCGAGAACGUGACGCUCUGCGCAACAACGUCCCCGCAGCGUGGGACUGGUCACAACAAGAGGCUGACGAGAUACUGAAGCUGGGAGCAGCAACCGGAUAUGAUGGGGAAUAUAUCCGAGACGUAGACAGAUAUCCAGAACUGGCUGAGGAUCCGUACAACAUUAGGUUUGUCAAGAAGGCCCAAAGUCGGCGAUAGUACACAGGGUAGAGUUUAACAUGGCGCUAGACAAUAGUGGAAGCAAAAUAUGAUUUUAAGGUGCUACGAAUAGUCACAACAAAUUUUUUCGGUUUGUGAACGAAAACGUAACAAUGUUCUUAAGGUUAACUCCUAACAUUUUCGCUUCCACUUUUGAACUACGUACAGAAUGAGUUGUGAUAGUAUUUUUUGACGAUGGUUCUCUUUUCUGAGACUUUGAUGUGAUUUAACUUAUUUAAAUUGAAAAAACAAUUUACUGAUGUAUGACGUCAGAAUCGAGUCGACACUACAUUCCCGAGAACGUUUGAGAUUUUCUCGAAUUUUUAUGAGAUAUUUGUAAAUAGCGAUUAAUUUUAUAUGAGUGCUUGUCCAAUCCACACCAUAAUGUUGUUCUUUGUUACCUUUGUGUAAAUAAAAAGAUAUCUUUUAAUCGUCUAGCCUUAUCUAUAUCUAGAUAUACGAAUGGUACUUAUCGGUCAAAGUAUUUUUCUGAAACAGAAUAAUUUUGUAAGAGUCGUUUCAGCUUGGGGUCCCUCUGAAUGGUGCUGAAGUGUUUUGAUUUCACUGUUGUCUAAAGCCUGUUUAAAGAUAAGUUAGGUGUAUAAGUCUGUAUAUUGAUAACUACGUUAGAACUUUGUAUCAGCCUUUCGUACUUUCAUUAUGGUAUAUGACGCAACAACUGGAAUCGUUUAAAAUCACAACCCUUUGUAAAGAGAAAUGCUGGAGAAACGACGUUACCUCGAAUAAACCGUUUCAAGCUUUUGAAUUCUGAUCAUUACAUUCAUAGAGAGCGUCUAGUGAAUUGUAAAUAUACCAAAAUGUGCGCUACAUUGAAUCCUAAAGUUGUCCUUAAAAUCAAAGUAUAUUUUUAUGAUCAUUAUUGCCUAUUUAAAAUAAGCGUUUUAGAAUAUCAAUUUAUUAGUGAUAAAAUGCCUUUCUGGGCGAGUACGUGUAAUAUAUGCAUGGUAUGUUUCAUGUAAGCUUGACCAAUAUUUUUAUCAGUUGUCGGUGUCCGUAGAGCAUGUACAAUCCGUCUUUGUCAGAAUCUAUAUUCCAGUUGUUGCACAAUAUAUGUUUUCUACUCAAAUUUACUCGAUUCACGAUAUAAGGAAUAUACUCAAAUGACUUUUGAAUGAGCGAGUGAAAGGAAAAUUUAACGUUUUAUACAGAGUGAUGAUUUUUUAGAGCUUAUGUAAAUAAAAGUAUUAAUAUUGUCAGAGAAUUAUGUAAAAAUAGAAUAUUUUGUCAGGCCUAUGUCGAAUGAGUGUGUGAAUCUUCGAGUGUGUAUGGUGUGAAAACGGAAUUAUUUAAGUAAUGUUUCUAUUUAUAUGUAACAAGACUUAGAAUAUAUAAAUAUAUAUAUGUUAUAUGUUUACCUCGUUCCCAAAAUCAUUUAGACUGUUAAAGAGGCUUAGUUUGAGUAGUUUGAUCAAAUUUUCAACUUCCUAAUUUUUAGUUUUUGCUAUUGAUCUCAAAUUUGUUAUUUAUUUAGAACACAUUGCAUUGAAAUAACUUUUUAAAUUGUUUCAUUACAUCACAUGUAUUUACUGAACUUCUUUUAUUUUUUACUUUUUGUAUUAGUGUAUUUGAUAUCCGACUAUUGUUAUUGUAUUAUAUUAUAUUUGUAUAUGUAUUUUAUUGUAAAUGUUUUAGGCUACUGAUUAUCUUGAUUGUGUUACCUAAUUUCCUUUUAGGAUGGUAAAAUUUUAUCUUUUAGUGAUAACUAUUCUUGUUUACGGAUAUUUAGGGUUCAAAUAAUUUUCCAAAAUGUUUUAUCAGUUUCCUAAUUUUGUUUAUGGUAAUAGUUUUGAUUUGAGGUAUCACAAUAAAAGCUGUAUAUGAAGACAUUCAUACAUGCAACUGUGAAUAAUGUUUUGAGACACCGUAAAAUCAGAAAACAGAAGAGAAAUUUGUUAGUUACUAAAACUAAUCUCCUAACAUUGAUUUUACAUUGAAUAUUUUUGUUUGUCUCAAAGUACUGUGUUCCUAAUGAUUCUUCAAAGGUCUGUCAUGAGAUUUCUUUGUCUGUGUACAAUGCACUUUAGUCCUACAAUAGAUGUCAGAUGUUUCCUUCAUUGAUGUUGCUCUCUGAAACUGCAUCCAUUUGUUUUCUCUAAUAAAUGUUUAGUAAAUUUAUUUACUUUCCUCUUCUUGGUGUAUUCAGGAGAAUGAUCAGUACUUCAAUCAUAUAAGAAUCUAUUUAUCAUUGCCAUCUUUUCCAGACUUUACCUAGGGAUUAAAUAUUGUAUGCAUCUUAGUCAGAAGGGAUGUGCAGACUAAGUCAAUAAGUUCUCUAAUGAGACUGAAAUAUUUGUGUAAAAAAAUCUUGAUUUAUUGAGACCUAAUCAAUGGCCAACCAUACUCCUGAACGUUAUUUUUUUAAUAUACCUCUAAAAAGUCUUUGACAACAUUAACUCAACCAACUCAUCUUCUCUACCUCCUGAAACCCGCAACUCGUUUCAAACACUCAAACUACCUUCUUAUUCCCUAACAGGUUUU